AUGUCCUCAGAAGAGCAGCGCCAGAAGGAGGAGGCCGCCUCGCGCCGGCACGCCAAGCUUGACAAUGCCGGUGUGCUCCACAUGAGCACGCAGGCCGAGAUCCCUGACAAGAUCACGAUCCAAUCAUGGUAUAUGAUAAGGGAACAACUGAUCGAAGUUGGGAUAGGCUCCAUAGCUAACGAUCAGCUUCCCGGACACGAACCGGACUACUCGGCGUGCACGUUCUGUCUCUGGGAGGAGGACCACACGCUCGGCAACGCGCUGCGGUGGAUGAUCAUGAAGGACCCCGACGUCGAGUACUGUGGUUACAGUGCGCCGCACCCGUCCGAGCCCAAGAUCCACCUCCGCGUGCAGAUGUACGAGGGACUGUCGGCCGUCGACUGCCUGCGACGUGCGCUCUCGAACCUGCGUGACCUGUACGAGACGAUCGGUGCGCAGUACGACCGCUCGCUCAAGACCGACAAGUACGUCAAGGAGAAGGACGUCGACGUGCACCGUGUCGUGGCCGAGACGCUGCGCGAGCGCCUCGGCGAGGACAUGGAUGAGAGUGCGUAG